AUGCUGCCUCAGAAUCACAAUGCAAGACGGAAUCAACCUGGACUGGAUCCUCCUCCCAACGGGCCCAAUGAAUCUCAUAUUCCCUCUUUUAGGCCCCCAUUCAACACAGCGGAAGGUCUCGCAGGAUCUGACCUUUUGAGACUUCAUCGAAAACACUCAAAGCAAUGGACUGAUAAAUUUCGCAAGGCCAUCGGAGUAAAGGGGAGAAAUGACCAUGGCUCGCAAGGUUCCACUCCUCUUGACUGGUCUCUAAGCGAAGGGCUGAGAUCCUUGAACUUGAACAAGGGGAAGAAUCCCGCCGUUGGUGUUUCGAGCAACGGUGCUACGGUGCUACGGAAAACAAAAAGGCCCCCAGCGACAAAGGGUUUCAUGAGAAAGAUACGAUCAAACGAUGCCAAGAUUUCACCAAGCUCCACUGCUGUGGUUUCAGACUCCUCUCUGCAGCAGCAUCAGUCGUUUCAAGAACUCACCAGUGUUACCGAAUCGGACGAUUCGAGCGAACAGGAUGAUAUAUGGUCAUCUACUCACAGCAGUAGACUGGCAAGCCCAGACGAUAAUCUGACGGGGAAGACAUCAAUCGACUCUCGUGUUUCUGGCUCACCCUCAGCAAAAGGAAGUCCAAGGAGGAAAUUGAGUCGUCAGAGUCGCUGGACCAGAUCCAGCCCAGAAGGCGCAGGGCUGGGGACCAUCGAAGAAACGGCGACGGACAAACCGAAGCCAACCAUUCUGACAGUGGAAAAAGCUGCUGCUGCCAAGAUAUAUCUCGAGACUCACUUUAACGAGCUCUGCGGUGAAUCCCAGCGCCGCUUGAUCAGAUAUCAGGAAUUUGCAGAGCGGCAAUUCAAAGAAGGUCUUGUUUAUGGCCCGAAUCACGUCUCUGGAAACAGUGCCGUUGAUUACAGCUCCUUCUACUACUCGGAGAGCUGUCGCCUGAGGGACAUACGAGCGCUGAAAUCCAAAUGCACGCUCCAGGCCAAACAACAAAACGUAAGCCCUUUUGUGUCCAAGUAUGAGCCGCUCAAGGUAUUGGGCAAAGGCAGUUUUGGAGUUGUCAGGCUGGUACGCGAGAAAUCAGCUUCGCCGUAUAAUUUCUCAAACCAAGUCUAUGCGAUGAAGGUCAUACGAAAGUCCGAUAUGCUUCGAAGCAGCCAAGAGGGCCAUCUCCGCGCCGAGAGAGAUUUUCUCGUUUCUUAUGAAGGAUCCACCUGGGUGGUCCCGCUGAUUGCAAGUUUCGAAGACAUGUCAAAUCUCUAUCUUGUGAUGGAGUACAUGCCAGGCGGCGACUUUCUGGGGCUGCUGAUUCGAGAGAACAUACUGCACGAGGCUGUAGCGUGCUUUUACAUUGCUGAGAUGAUUCUGGCCGUUGAAGAAACCCAUCGCCUUGGGUUUAUCCACCGCGAUAUCAAGCCUGACAACUUUCUCAUCUCCAGCUCGGGGCAUCUUAAAAUCUCCGACUUUGGGCUUGCGUUUGAUGGUAAGUGGCCUCAUGACGCGUCAUAUUACAAUUACCAUCGAUACGCACUGCUUCGGAAACUCAACCUUGAUGCUCAAGGCGAUGAAAAAGACCAAGAAGACUGCAAAAGCGUUCAAUCGCAGGUCGAGAAGGCUCAAGUCCUGGCCGCUGAAUUCGGGCGACAUGACGAACGCAACCUAGGAAGUGAUCCCGAUCUCGCUGCUAUUCUGGGAUGGAGAAACACGCGCAGCAACCGUACGAGAGCCAACUCUGUCGUUGGCACAAGUCAAUACAUGGCUCCCGAGAGCAUCGGCAUCAUUCUGUACGAGUGUCUCUAUGGACACACUCCUUUUCUUUCGGACGAAGGUAGAAAGCCGACAAAGCAAAAUAUCUUGGACAAGGAAGUACGGCUCUGUUCCAAACGAUACCAGAUGAUUGAUCAGCACCAACCAGGAGCGGCGGUAUCAACCGACAUGUAUGGUAGAUACAUUUUCCCCGACGACGGCGAGGAUAUCAAGGCGCAUCGAUUCUUCAAAAGCGUGCCGUGGGAUACCCUUCAAAACACAGCGCCACCCUUCGUCCCGCACAUUGACAGCCUCGAAGACACUCACUAUUUUGAUGAAUCAGAGCCUCUUGAUGAUCGAAUUGAGUCGGUGGCCGAAAAGCCUGGGCUAACGGAUGACGAGGUUCGGUGGAUUUUGCGAGAGUUUAGACCGAGCAUACAAAACGUGGCGAUUCGGAUGAUUCACGCCCCAUAUGAUUCAGGGGCUCUCCGCAGCAGGGACUUGGAGAUUGACUCGGUGAGUACGUUUCUAGAUGAAGAAAAGGAGCUUUUGAAGAGAUUUAUGAGGGAGUACGGGCGGAGAGUACCCAAGCGGCCACGAGAUAUUAUUCUACGAGAUGAUAACAUGAAGGGGGCUGCCAUGGAGGUAAGAAAGCAGAGCGCCUUUAUGGGUUACGAAUGGCAUAGCGUGAGGAGGAAGGCAUUUUGA